GAAGAGCUGUGAUUCAGACGUUGCAUGUGUACAUGAAAUACACGAAUAAUGUGCAGGUGUUACUAAAAGCUAUUGUUCAACAUGGCUUGGAAAAUGACGAUCCUCGUGUUCGAAAGGAGACUGUUAUUUCAUUACCAAUGCUGUUCACUCCAGGAGUUCCAGAGAGAAAACUUCUUUGGAAAUCACACAGUCGUUGGCAAAGAAACUCCUGGAUAACUCGGUGGAGGACAAUAUCCGUGAGUGUGCAUUAACAACAAUGGAAAAAAUCAAGAACUUGGUAGGAGAAAGGGAGUUUGGUGUUUACAUUCAUAAAUUGUCAACUCCUUUGAGGCGGGUAUUAUUGUCAAUUAACUGGCAUGGAAUUGGAAACAGUUUCUGAUGGGUACAGCUCAACAGCAAGUACUCCCCGUAGUUCAAAACCUCCAUUUUCCAAGUCUCCAAAGGUGGCUGACUCAGUUGCAAAUGGGCCUCCAAACACAAGUCGAGCUCUGUAUGUGGAAUCAUUUGAGUUUGGCAUCAUUCCUAGUCAUGUUAUGAAGCAGAUUGGUGAUCAGGAGAAUUUUAAACUGCGUGCUCAAGGAGUAGAGGAGCUAAAGAACUUGGUGAAGGACUUGCAAUCAAAUGAUGUGACAAGCAAUCUUAUGCCACAUAUGAUGCCUUUCAUAAGUUUUCUAAGCAAUUGCUGGAUGAUUCAAACUUUAAAAUUACAACAGUGACGUUAGAAAUUUUAAACAUUUUAGUGAAAAGUUGGGACAAAAUGUUAAGCUGUUUCUGAAACCAUUAUCCUCAACUUUGGAAAGCGAAUGGGUGAUAACAAAAUUGUUGUUCGUCAAGCUGUGAAGAGGGUAGCAAUUAAAAUGAUGCAAAGCUAUCAGCCCAAACCAGUACUAACUGUGAUAUUUGAUAACAUCCAUCAUAAAAAUUCCAGAGUAAGACUUGAUACUGUGAACAUUAUCAUAGCAGCCCUCCUCACUUUUCCCAGUUAUGACUUUGAUCUUCCCAGAAUAUGCCAAGUAGUGCACCAGCUCUCUGUGACAGCAAGAGGCAAGUGAGGCAAGCAACAUUAGAGUGCUUAUCUGUGAUAGCUCAAGCCAUGGGACAGGGUCGUCUCCAACCCCUUGUCCAUGCAGUGGAUGGAGUUGAACUCAGUGCUGAGGGCGAGGGGGUAAUGGCUGCAGUGCAGGGCUCGCUUAGCAAGACGCCAGCUCCCCAAACUGAACCACGAAGGGCUGGUCGAAUAUGCAAUGCCUAUCCCAUCCUCAGCACAAAGCCGCACAGGAAUCAUGCUCAUGGAGCAGAUGUGGACUGGAUCCUAGCUGUAGGAAAUAGUGGAUCAGCAAGACAUAUUUCUCGGUCUGAUACAUUGGAAAUAGAGUCAGUAACUUCUUCAGCUCGAUCACACCAGCAGUGAGCACUAUGGAAAAUGGGACACCUGGACCAAGCAGGACGAUUCAAAAGUGCAAGCAUGAGAAGCAACUUUCCCUGGGAAGAUGAGAGAGAUGCAAGAGAGAAAAGAAACCAGCAAUUGUUGGAGCUGACUACAAAGUUUGCUGAAACAUUGGGAUACCUGACAUUUAAAACUUCUGAAACAGGAAGUGUGAAUGAUGGCCCUCCAAAACCAAUGCGUGCCACUUGGGCAGGAGAUGAAUCUGACAUCAACCAAACGCCAAAACGAAAGCCGCCACAGCGCCGCAUCACUGUGGUGGGCAUGCAUGGGACAGAGGACCAACAGCAAGAAUCAGGAUCUUACAAGCAAAUGCAUCUUAACAAGUUGAAGAAAAAUUAUGGCAGCACUGGAAAAAUCAACACAAACUCUAUAGGGGGACUUGACUUGGCUGAAGUAGAAAGAGCUGAUGUGGGAUCUCCUAACUUUUCUAACGAGGAUUCUUGGAGAGCAACAGACGAGUCCCCAUUUCCAUCUAAACCAGCGCUGGCUCGUUCUGCCACUCGCCGUCCAGCCAAAAGAGUGCCGCCAAUCGCUGCAGCACAGUCAGAGAGGUUCUCCUCCUCCUCCUCUAAAGAAGAUGACCAAGACAGCGCAUAUGAGGACUCACUUGAAAAGGGGCUCUAUGACGAGUCGAAAUCAGAGAUGAUGAAGUACUUGAAAAAACUGCGUGGUGGCGCAAAGAUGAUGAACUCACUGAAGAGUAUAAGAAGCAGUGCCUCUAAAAAGAAAGAGAAGAUCGAAAAGUUUGGGGGAAACUCGCGGUCUCGCUCCCCCUCCCCCUCCCCAGACUUGCAUGAGAGUGGGAUCUGGAGCACCAUCUCCUCUAAUGGCGAGUCCGAUUCAGGCUCCAUCUCCAGCCGACCCAAGAAAGGUAAAAAGACGGAGUCCCCAUUUGAGUCGCGGCCAAAGUUGGCCAGAACCAAUUCUUUCUCCAAGAAGAAAUCAGAAAGUAGUCAGGAUGACUCCGGGGUUAGCAGUGCUGGAAACUCGGGGGUCAUAAGAAUAGACUACAACCCUUCCAGUGGGGUAACAUUCCGAGAGAACAAGACCUCUACUGUUCAGGUAGUGGGCAAGGGGUACAAUGAGGAUCAAGAAGUCAUGGACAAACGGGGCAGUGUGGGUGGGCUUAAUAAAGUCCGAGAUCGAAGGAGGAUGCAGAAAGGCCCCUUGUUAUCUCCCCUUGGUGUGGCCUCCAUGCACAGUUAUGGGGCUGUGGAGUGGGAUGACGAAAAAAUGCCUACCCAAGACAGUAUUGGUGUAGUAGGCAAGGGAAUGUUUGACUCGAGUAAUGGAAUGGAACAUGCAGUGAAUGCUGGGAACUCCCAGUCUGGAGACAGGCAUGAUCGGAAACCCCCACGAACUGAUCGGAAAGAUUUUACAAGUGGCGUAGUUGGGGUCAGUAUUAACCGUCAGGGCUCAAGUGAUGAACCUGGAAUGGAAGAGACAGAUGAUCUGUCUUUGGAAGAUGAUAAUAGUAAAGCCAUGAGCAGGGCCGUGAAAGACAGACUAGCCAAAGCACAGAAAAUAAAGGAGGAAGAGUUGGAGCAACAGAGAAUAGAACGAGAGAGAAAGAAACAGGAGCAUGAUGAAAAAUUGCGGAAGGAGAGGGAGCGGCAACAAGAGAAGCUGAAGAGACUCAAUACCAGCGAAAGUAUCCCUGUUACUACCCCCAAAAAGUCACCCUCACCCCGCAAGAAGGCAGGCAGUGGGCCACCUACCAUGAAUGGUAAUGCUAGUCACCCUGUAUCUGCCUCUUCUAAUGGUCUCUAUGAAUCUGAUAAUCCCAAUGACUGGCAACCAUACAGAGAUCCAGAAGGAGCCCUCCGUGAGGCCCAUAGGAAUCUUGGCAGUGAUGAAUGGGAGGCCAAGUGUAGUGGUGUGAAUACGAUCAGAAGACUGGUGAUGUAUCAUCCUGAUACAGUCAAUGCUCAGCUCCACACUGUAGUGCUGGCAAUGUUGAAUGAGGUGAAAAACCUUAGAUCUCAAGUGUCCAGGCUGGCCAUUGUUGCUCUUGGGGACAUGUUUACUCAUCUCAAGAAGAGUAUGGAUGCAGAUGUAGAGAUUACUGCCAAAGGUCUCUUAGCCAAAAAUGGAGAGAGCAACGGGUUUAUCCGAGAGGAUGUAGAGAAGUCUCUACAUGCCAUGGUGGAAUUCAUCACUCCACAGAGGAGCUUGUUGGCACUGAUUGCUGGUGGUGCUACUCAUAAAAAUGUGCAGGUCAGAAAAACAACAGCUCGCUUUGUUGUGGAGUUGGUAGAUAAAAUGGGGCCUGGACGAAUUCUGAGUGGCGUCAAGGAUGUGACUGACAGAGUGCUUCCCACAGCAGCUCACUUUGCCAUAGAUUCGUCACAGGAAACUAGGUAUAAUGGAAGAAGAAUUUUGAGCAUACUAAUGGCACACCAGGACUUCGACAAAAUGUUGUCAAAGCACUUGCCAACCAACACUCUCAGGAAUAUUCAAGAUAUCGUGGAAGGCUUGAAGACCAAGGGUCUUGGAGAAAUGCCCCAUGAAGCUUCAUCAGCAAGAGGUGGACGAGGACCAGCAAGCCGCGCAAGUUCAAUAGUUCGAGGUGGCUCAGCCAAUAGUGAGCUCCAGAAUAGCACUCCUUCAAGAAGACCUGUCCGUCAUGAUGAUGCUACGCUGGAAAGUAUCAAAAACAUGACAAAUCUCAUAUCCGCCAAUGAUUGGAGAGAUCGUCACAAAGGCAUUGCCAUGUUACUUGACAUGAGUGAAAACAAUACAGAUGUGGUGAACUUAAAUGUUGUUAAGAUUUUUGAUAAGUUUCUGCCCCGGUUACAGGACCCAAAUAGUAAAGUUAACCUAUUUGCAUUGACUGUAAUGCUGCAGAUUGUCCCAAUAUUGAGGGACUCCCUAACGCAAGUCCUGAGCAUGGCCAUUGGAAAUAUUGCUCCCAAUCUGUCAUCUAAAAAUAAAGAGAUUUAUCAAACUGCAAUGGAAAUCAUCAACUCAUUAACGGAACACAUAGAUGGUGGCCAGUUACUACAACCGUUGGCUAAUCAGGCCCAGUCAGCUAAUACUAGAAGUAAGCCUGACCUAGUGACCAAAGUUGCAGAACUUGUGACAAAGGUUUAUCAGCGCAAGCAGAAACAGGUGGUGCUACAUGUGUUGCCUCUUUUAUGGCACCUUCUGGGGGCCACAAACAGUAGUGGGGCAGUUCAGGGUGGUAGCUCAAGCAUUCGCACUGCAACUGCUACUCUGGUCAAUUCUCUCUACAAUCAGAUGGGACAGACUUUGUUGGAGAAAGCAACCUCCGACUCCAAUGUUACCCCACGCCACCUUCAAUUGCUUCAGGAAAUGCUCGAGAGAUAAAAGAACCAACACUGUGAUAAAUGUUUAUGUUUUUGUUAUUUAUGGUAUUAGAGUGGCCAGAGAUGUUUGUUUUUGGGAUUACAGACCUGUGGUGUUUUAGAAAGGAAAAUAAUUUGUCUUCUAUUGUUUUGGGCAUCAUUUCUAAAAUUACAACAUUGCAUUUUGUGUGAGAAAAUAUUCUUAUUGUAAUGGUUCACCAUUAUACAUUGUUUAUACAUUUAUAUGUAAACACAAUAAAUCGCCAUUUUUAUCUUUUAUGUGAAAUUUAAAACUUCUAAAAAUGAAUUUUUACAAUAUACCCAUGAGCAUUCAUGCAUUGAAAAUUCCUGUGAACCUAAAAAUGAAUCUUUGGUCCAAGCUAUUGAGUUUUAGCUUUGAUGUUCUGUGAUUUUCUCUAGUUAUUGGAGAACAUGUUAUUAACCUAUUGUAAUAGGUCAAUAUUGUGGAUAUAUAGUAGAUCUAUUUUAUUUAUAUUUUCCUGUGUGAAUGGUAAUGAAAUCAUAAUGUUGAGUACAUGAUUCAUUUACAAUUAAUUAAGUGAACCAGAUUGUUAUGAAGUUGUGUAGCUUGUUUACAAAUUAAUAUUUAAGAAUCAUGUGUUGUUAUUAUUAUGAAAUAUUUAUUUUGUAAGUGCAAAUAAACUAGACUGUUUGCACCUUCUCUUUGUUAAACUAUAGCCAAUUCAUGAUUUUUGUAGAAAUUGACCAAGAUCAGAAAAAAUACCCGAUGUAGCUGAAUGGUUUUGUUUUAAUGAAGAGUUAGAAUAGCAUAAUAUGCAUAUAUCAUCAUUGAGGAAUUUUUUUUUGCUAAACCAAAUGGAAUUAAAAAAAAUUUCUUAUUUGCUUUUUUCUUUUUUUUUUUUUUUUUAGGUAAAGAAAUGCCAGCAUUUCAGAAUUGCAUUUUUUCUUCCGUUUUCUGUAUGUAGUCCUCCUCAGCAUAGUGAAAGUGACCAAGUGGGUAUCUCACGGUGUUAGAUGUCAUGUAUAUAUAUUCCCUGUGCAAAAUGUAUCGAAAUAUAUCCCACAUAUGAACCGUCCUGUAUAUCAAUGCAUAUGUCACAUGCCCUAUUGGCAAUAUAUUUAGUUUUGUAAGAGAAUUAUAUAUUUGAAGAAAAGGCGUCAUUCAUUUUUCUCUUUUUAAAUUUUUAUUGUGGCUUGAAAUAAGUCAUGUUGUUGAAACAAACACCUAUUAGGAAUAACACCUUUUAGUCACAGUAUUAGUGUAUAUAUGCAGUCAUAUUCAGUCUAUUCAAUUUUUACAAAGUAUCUUCACAUGUGUUUAAUACAGACGUUUCGAUUCAGUUGGGUUUUAAAAAUCGUGCUUUUGAUAGGAAAGUAGUGAAGGAUUCUUUUGGGGGAUACCAAUGUUUGGUUUUUAUACUACACCCCCCACCCCCCAAAUUUACAAGUUGAGGAUUUGCUAGUCACAAGGGAAUGACAUAAAGCUAUGUAGAUUCUGGGCAGUUAUUUACUCUUCAGUGGAAAUGAUGUUAUACGUUAAGUCCGUCCAAUAUUUUAGAGUUAUGACGUUUUUUGUAUGUCAUAUCAUUUUGUAUAUACAUGUACCACUGUAUAAAAAUAUAUUUAUUCUUGAAUGGAUGUUUAUGGAGGAUGUUCCUUUUUGGCAGAUGAUCACUUGUUAAGAAAUUCAUAUCACAGUUCAAUCACAGUUUUUUGGGAAAAUUUCUGCAUUGACUUCACCCUGGAAAGUAUCCACAGUUUAAGUUGCUUGAUUAUUUCAAAACUUGGAAGAAUCUGCCAAACUAAUGUCCUCCAUUUGUGUUCAUUCAAUGGUUAAUUUUUUCCACCAGAAGCAAUUGUCAUAAUCAGUAUUAUGUUUAGAGAGAAUCUUUGGCACAAAGAAUAUGGAUGGAAAUUUUUCAUAGUAUUACAUUGUAAUGGUGUAGGAGUGUCUCUUCUCCUUUUCACAGCAUUUCUUUGAAACUGGGACAGAAAUUGACAGAAAUUAAGUUAUGCAGUUGGUCUGUUAUAAUUGUCUGUAGAGUAGAUAUUAUUGUGCAUAUGACAAUAUGUGCUUGCUCAAAUCAUUCCAUCCAAUUUCAUUUGGGCUGUGUUGGCUAUUUGAAAUACCAAAUAAAAUAUUCAGUGAG